AUGAUAGAUCUCAGUAAUAAGCAGAAUAUUCCUGCCGAUGUCUCUGCGGAAGCUGAGGUGGAGGUUGUUGAAAAACCGCCUCUUCUGAAUCUACCUGACAUUGUUGAGAAUGCAAAUAGUGAGGAUCCAGCUGUUCGUCUUCUCGUUGUACAAUCUGCUCGAAAGCUGUUGUCUAGUGACAGACACCCACCAAUUGACGAGCUCAUCAAUUGCAAUGUGCUUCCAAUGCUUGUGAACUGCUUAGAUUCAGAGAAUCCUACGCUGCAGUUUGAGGCUGCUUGGGCGUUGACUAAUAUUGCGUCGGGGAACUCGAAGCAGACUGCUGCCGUUGUCCAGGCGGGAGCUGUGCCGUACUUUUUAAAGCUCCUAUCAUCUCCGCACAUGAAUGUUUCGGAGCAAGCUGUUUGGGCAUUGGGUAACAUUAUUGGCGACGGUCCACAACUUCGUGAUUUGGUCAUUGAACAGGGCUUGAUAAAACCAUUGCUGAACCUUUUGACUCCCAAUAUUUCCAUCACAUUCUUACGAAAUAUAACUUGGGUUAUGGUUAACCUGUGUCGAAACAAGAAUCCUCCACCACCGGUUGGUACAAUACAAGAGCUGUUGCCAGCAUUGCUCUACCUGAUCACCAACACUCAAAUCCUGGUCGACACUGUAUGGGCUAUAUCAUAUUUGACCGAUGGUGGGAACUAUCUUAUCAGCAUGGUAAUUAACGCCGAAAUUGUACCUCAUCUCGUGCCGCUCUUGUCCCAUCCAAACUUUAAAGUGCAGACAGCAGCUCUACGCGCGGUCGGUAACAUAGUGACAGGCACAGACCAGCAAACUCAAGUUGUUCUGGAUUGCGGUGCUCUAAGUCACUUUCCCCAGCUUUUGAAUCAUCCUAAAGAAAAGAUCAACAAGGAAGCUGUUUGGUUCCUAUCUAACAUCACCGCCGGCGAUCAGAGUCAAGUUCAGGCAGUUAUUGAUCAUAACCUUGUGCCGCUGAUUAUUGGACACUUGGCUAAUAGUGAAUUCCUCACCCAAAAGGAGGCUGCAUGGGCUAUUUCAAACUUGACAAUUAAUGGAAAUGAGCAACAGGUAAUCGCCAUUUCCUCUUGUCUUUAA